AUGGACAAAAUUGAACAUGUACGAAAUCAGGCCCAUUAUGGGCCUGGUGUUCUUGAAGAGAACAAAACUCACAAAGCUGAGCAUUUGAAACAACCAACCCGGUCGGAUCUCGAACAAGACUCCGCCAAAGUCGAUCUUGAAGAUCAAUCCCAACGCUUGCCAUUCUUUCGCCUCCUUCUAGCUUACCUCUGUCUUUGUCUCUGCUACUUAAUAUCGUACCUAGACAUGAAUUCAGUUGCAACGUCUCUACCUACCAUAUCUGAAGCUCUUGACACAGGUCCGACAGUUACAUGGGUUGGAACAUCUUACCUGCUAGGCCAACUCUCAUUUCAACCUCUAUACGGCAGAAUCUCGGACAUCACUGGACGAAAACCCGUGCUACUAUUCUCAAUAGGCUGCAUAGUUGUCGGUGGUGUCCUAUGCGGUUUCGCUCGCACGCCAGUCUGGUUGUACGUAUGUCGUACCAUCAGCGGUAUCGGUGGCGGCGGCAUAAGUUCAUCAGUGGCUAUCAUCGUGAGUGAUUUGGUCAGUCUGAGAUCGAGGGGCAAGUACCAAGGUUUUAUCAGUCUCGCUAUCGGCACUGGGGCUGCUUCUGGUCCGUUUAUCGCCGCAGGACUAAUUCAGAUGACUAAUGAUGGAUGGAGAUGGGUAUUUUGGGUCCCUGCUAUCAUGGGCGCUAUUUGCUUUGUUCUGCUUGUACUUCUCCUCCCACUGAAACCAGUCUCGGGGACCUUGAAAGAAAAGGUUCAAAAGAUUGACUGGUGGGGUGUCCUGGCUUCCAUCGCUGGCAUUGUUCUAACCGUGAUGUCCAUCAAUUCCGGAGGAAGCAUGUGGGCAUGGGAAAACGUCAAGACUAUCUCCAUGCUAGCAAUCGGCAUCGUCAUGCUUCUUGUAUUCAUCGCCAUAGAAGCCUUCUUUGCAAAGAUUCCUAUCAUUCCUCUUCGACUAUUCAGGCAGAGGUCUCCAUCAGUACUCAUCCUGACAGGUUUCCUUCACGAUUUUGCUUGGCAGUCAACUCAGUACUUUGUCCCGCUGUACUACCAGACUGUUUGUGGGUUUUCACCGCUGAAGAGUGCCACAUUGAUCGUGCCAUUCUUGCUUGCUCAGGGAAUAGCCGGUGCUGCUUCCGGGCCUCUGAUGGCCAAAUACGCUAGGUACAUGCCUAUCCUCCGAGCUGGGUUCACAGUCUGGACUCUUGGGUCUGGUCUCAAACUUCUCUUUAACCAAGACACGCAUAUUUCAGUCUAUGUUGUGGUACUGGCCGUCGAAGGGGCAGGAAUAGGAUGGGUUCACCAGCCAGGUCUAGUGGCUCUCCAGGCCAACUCGGCAGACGAAGAUCGUGCUGUAGCGACUGGAACUCGCAACGUCUUCCGGUCAUUGGGCGGUGUUGUCGGAAUAGCAGUCUCUACAGCUGUACACUACGCCGUGUUAGACAAAGCUCUACAGACGAACAACACCAUUCCGGACUGGCUUCGCGACAGUGUUCUGGAUGGUACAUGGUCAGUCCAGGAUGCAAGUACUGAACAAUACGUGGGUGCCAUCUUAGACGCAAGAAUGCAGGGGUUCAGGGUCAUUUUUAUAAUCACUGUGCCUUUGAUGGCUUUGUGUUUGGGUGCUAGUUUCUUGGUUGACGAUAUCAUUCUUAAAGGAGAUGUUGACCAGAAUGAUGGACAUGAUAACCACGUUGCAGCCCCGACUACGGAAGUGGCGACGGAUGUCAAAACAGGUUGA